AUUGUUUCCUUCGUGUUUUACAAAUAGCAUAAAUCUUCUCUCCUGACCUCUACGCUAGCUCUCUCAUCUCUCAGGCAGUACUGAGCUAGAGAGAGAAAACAUUCGCGUGAGAGAGUAGAGCGAAGAGAUAGAGAUAGAGAGAGAUCCACCACGUUCGUUCUCUCUUUCUCUCUCUUUACUUCUCUUCUCGAGUUGAGGGGAUCUGUAAUUCUCUUCUAGAACCACAUCUAUUUCUUUAAAAGUGUUCCUCUUCCUUGUCUUCCUCAGUAAAUUCCUCACUGUAUCUUCAGUUCCUUACCUACCCAACUGAGCCUUCUUCUCCAUGUUACAGCAUGGAAUGUAACCACUACCUGCAUAUAAAAAAGCCAACUUGAUUCUAUUUUUUUUAGACAAUUGCUUGAUUUACCGUGUUUUGUUGAAAAAGUUUUGAUCUUUUGUUGAAUUCAACUCGUCUCCUGUUCUUUUUGAGAUUUAUUUAUUUAUUUGGCUUGUUCUGCAUUGCUUGGCUGGUGAUUUGGCGGAGCGGAGUGAGAUUUAGCUGCUUCUGGUUUGCGGCGAGCCUGAGGACUUGUUCUAUUUCUAUUCUGAUUGAUUUUCCAGCUCUUUUGAUUCUUUGGAGAUUGUGUUUUGUUUGUCUUAUUUCAGAAAAAUUUCUGUGAAGUUACUGUUCAUCGCCACUGUAUAUCUUUUGGACGACUUUUGGUUUUAGCGCAUGAUUGUCGUCCCAUGUUCGUUGCUUUUUCAGCUUCUUUUUAGUUAGGUCUGCCUCCAUUUCAAUGGAAUUCAGAAAGUAAGCCAUGAACUUCAUAAAAGAUCAAAUUUUGUGAGCCUUAUUGGAUCCAAGAUCCAAUUUUGAUCAAGAAAUGCGACUUCUUUUUGUUUUUGUUGCGCUGUGGUUUGUUCUUGUUGGAGCCGGUUCAAUCAGUUCAGACAUAGCUGCAUUAAUGGAGUUCAAGAAGGGGAUAAGUGAAGACCCCAAGGGUCUUGUUCUAAACUCUUGGGAUCAUUUUACAUCAGGUUCUGAGGGCUGCCCUCCUUCCUGGAAUGGCAUCCAUUGUAAUGGAAAUCGAGUCACUUCGAUCUCAUUGAGAGACAUGGGUCUGGUAGGAAACAUCAGUUUCUCCUCCCUUGCUCCAAUGGAUAGUCUGCACAAUCUGUCUCUUUCAAACAAUCAAUUUACAGGAAUUCUUACUCCUGAUUUGGGAGCACUCAGCUCCUUAGAACAUUUAGAUCUCUCAAGUAAUUCAUUUCAUGGGCGCGUACCUGAGGAGUUGAUGAGAUUGAGUAAUCUCAUCACUCUGAAUCUCUCUUGGAAUAGCUUUGAGGCUCCAUUGCCUUCUGGUUUCAAUAAGCUGCAGAAGCUGAAAUGCUUAGAUUUGCAGGCUAAUGGCUUUAAUGGUGAUGUGGGGAUUAUUAUUGGUCAAUUACAGAGUGCUGUUUAUGUUGAUCUGAGCCAGAAUAGAUUCACCGGAGGGCUUGGCUCGAUGUCUGAUAACUCAAAGAUUACUGGCUCUUUGGUGUUCUUGAACACCAGUCACAAUUUUUUAUCAGGAGAGCUGUUUGAAAAGGAUGUGGUGCCAUUGUUUGACAGUUUGGAGGUUUUUGAUUCUAGUUUUAACAGGCUUAGUGGUCAGGUUCCCUCCUUCAAUUUUAUAGCUUCGCUUAAGAUUCUUCAUCUCGGAAGCAAUCAGUUUUCGGGGCCUUUCCCUGAGGCGCUGUUCAAAGGUUUCUCAAUGGUUUUGGCUGAGCUUGAUUUGAGCUGCAAUGAGCUCACAGGUCCAUUGCAGAGUAUAACAUCUACUACUCUGAAGAAACUAAAUCUUUCCUCAAACAGUCUUAGUGGCUCUCUUCCUAACAAGAUAGGGAGCUGUGCAAUACUUGAUUUGAGCAAUAAUCUAUUUUCAGGGGAUAUAUCUGCAAUAAAAGGUUGGGGAAACUUAGUGGAAUCCAUAGAUCUGAGCUCCAACAAAUUGGGAGGAACUCUGCUGAACGAAACGUCUCAGUUUUUACGGCUGAAAUCUCUGCGGCUUUCGAACAAUUUACUGGAAGGAGAAUUUCCUCCUGUGAUUGUCACAUAUCCUGAUAUAAUUUUCAUAGAUUUGAGUCUCAACAAACUCAACGGUAUUCUUCCUCCAAGCCUAUUUUCUUCAAUCAGAUUGAUGAAUCUGAAUCUUUCAUUCAACAGAUUCACUGGACCUAUCUUCCCAGAAAAAUUGCACACAGAAUCAUUAGUUUCUUAUGAUUCCGCUUCACUCCCAUCUCUGAAUUCCAGUCUUGUCUCCCUCGAUCUUUCAAACAAUUUCUUAAGUGGAUCUCUACCUCACGAAAUGGUCUUCAUGACUUAUUUGCAGCUGCUGAAUCUAUCAAAAAAUGAUUUUUCCGGUCAGAUUCCUAAAGCCAUGGGGAUGAUUCAGAGCUUACUAGAUUUAGACUUAUCUCACAACCACUUUGAAGGCAACUUACCUGAUAAUCUUCCUUCCUCCCUCUUGAGAUUCGACGUCUCAUAUAACAAUCUUUCUGGUAAUGUUCCAAACAACCUUUUAAGGUUUCCUGAAUCCUCGUUUCGUCCGGGGAACGAAUUACUGAAUCUACCUCCCCAAUAUCCAAAUAUCGCGAGUAUCAGCAGAAAAAGAAGCCAUCACCAUCACAUGAAAAAUGCUAUAAUUUACAGCUUCAUAGCUGGAGCUGUUGUUUGUGCUGUUAUGAUUCUCUUAUUCAUACUUUUAUAUCAGAAACUAUCUAAGGAACAUGAUAGAAGAAUCACUGACGAGUUAAAAUCUUCCAUUCGAAGUUUUUUUCGCCCGCAAAAGAAUUCGUUACAUCCUCCUCCUUCUUCGAGCUUUUCGCAAAAUCAUUUAAUUCAAUCCAGAUCUUUGUCUUCUCAAGCUGAUCAAGGAAUAGUUUCUGUAGCUUCCAGAGAAGCUGUAGAUCCUGUGAUGCAGCAACAAUAUGAUGUUAAUGAUCAGCUCCUGCAGAAGACUAACACAAUAACUUCAUCUUCUUCAAUUCACCAAUCUUCAUUACAGCACAAUCCAACCCUUAAUGUCCUCUCCCCAGAUAGGCUGUCUGGCGAGUUACAUCUCUUCGACAACUCGGUCGUGUUCACGGUUGAAGAGCUUUCUCGAGCGCCGGCGGAAAUUAUAGGCCGGAGCUGCCAUGGAACGUCGUAUAAGGCGACUCUCGAUGGAGGACAUGUGGUGGCGGUUAAGUGGCUUAAGGAAGGUAUUGUGAAGAGUAAAAAGGAAUUUUCAAGGGAGGCGAAGAAGCUCGGAAGCAUUCGGCAUCCAAAUUUGGUUUCUUUGAAGGGUUAUUAUUGGGGUUCGAAGGAACAUGAGAGGCUUUUGAUAUCGGAUUGUAUUGAUGCCUUGCCUUUGAGUGUUCAUCUUUGUGAAUUCGAACAACGGAAGAUGGAACCCUUACCUCUCCGCAAUCGCCUCGCGAUCUCCACCGACGUCGCUCGAUGCCUCAAUUACCUCCACAACGAGAAAUCCAUACCUCAUGGAAACCUCAAAUCCACCAACAUCCUCCUCCAACGCGCAGAAAUGAGCGCCCUCCUCACCGAUUACAGCCUCCAUCGGAUCCUGACGGCUUCCGGCAUGGCCGAGCAGGUGCUAAACGCCGGCGCCCUAGGGUACCGGCCGCCGGAGUUCGCCAGCACGAGCAAGCCAUGUCCGUCGCUGAAGAGCGACGUGUAUGCGUUCGGCGUCGUCCUGCUCGAGCUCAUUACGGGGAGAAAUGCCGGCGAGAUUGUCUCGGGGAAUCCCGGCGGUGUGGAUUUGACGGAUUGGGUGAGAUCGAUGGCGGGAAAUGAGAUCUCUCAUGAAUGUUUUGAUGAGAAGAUCGUGGAAGAAGGAAGAGGGGAUGGAGAUGGGGGCGUUUUGGAGGUGUUGUUUGGAGUGGCUCUGAGGUGUAUUAGAUGUGCUGAUGAGAGGCCUGAGAUUAGAACUGUGUUUCAAGAGCUUUCCUCAAUGUUCAUUUUGAUGAGUUCUCGAGAAAAUAUUACAUCUGGAUAAUCAAAUGUGUGGAUGACAGUGUAGAUCAUAUCAUGUUAUUGUUGACGUGAUGACGAUCAAUUCUUAUUGACAACAGCGUAGUGCGAUCUACACUGUAGUCUAUGUCGGAAGAACAACGAAUGACAAAUGUAAUAUUUUCUUCAUAUUUGAGUGUAUUUUCGUGCUCUUUGUUUUGGUUGGUUGGUGGAAUAAUGUUCAUUAUUUUGUGA